AUGUGGAGGAUGUUGAAAAAGAUGACAGAAUGCACAAGAAGUGCAGUGAUGUUGGAUGGGGAAAUCUCGAAGUACAUGGAUAUACUCCAAGGAGUCGCACAGGGCUUAAGACAGGGAAUCCAAGUAGGGGGAAAGAGUGUGUCCGGACUGAUGUUUGCAGAUGAUUUCGUGGGGGUAUCCGAAACACCAGAAGGGUUGCAGGAACAAAUAGANAGGAGAGCAAGCGCAGAAUGGGAAAUACUGGAAGUAGAGAAGAUGUCGGCGUGGAACCGGGGAAAAAUGUGGAGGAUGUUGAAAAAGAUGACAGAAUGCACAAGAAGUGCAGUGAUGUUGGAUGGGGAAAUCUCGAAGUACAUGGAUAUACUCCAAGGAGUCGCACAGGGCUUAAGACAGGGAGUCCAAGUAGGGGGAAAGAGUGUGUCCGGACUGAUGUUUGCAGAUGAUUUCGUGGGGGUAUCCGAAACACCAGAAGGGUUGCAGGAACAAAUAGAUGCGUCAGUAGGAUACACCCGCAAAUGGAGACUGUCGGCGAACGUAGGAAAAUGCGCAGUAUACGUACCUGGGAGAGAGAUUUCGAAAGAGUGCUCAUGGGACGCAUACAUAGCAAAGUUGAUUGGGAAGGGUAAAUCUCAGAUAGGCAAGAUGGACGAGAUCCUUACGGACCCACACCUAGACACUAGGAUUAAGAGGUGUGUUCUCUUGAAUAUGGCAGCGGCCAAGAAAAUACUAGGAUGUUCAAGUACAACGAGCAACACUGUAUUGAGAGCAGAACUGGGAAUGUACUCUCUUAAAACAAAGAGAGACAUGCAAAAGUUGAAUUGGCAGUACAAGGUAAGUAGAAUGUCGGACGAUAGACUACCAGCCAUGGUUGACAAGGAAGCUUGGGGAAAAGCGACUCCAGGGAAGCAAGGAAUCAGAUAG